AGUUUGGAAGUGGGGAAUAGUUGGUUUGAACUUUGAACUUGGAAAUUUGAACAUUGAUAUAUCAUCGAACAUCGUAUAUGGAUGGAAGAUGUUCUCCAUAUUAUAUUAUUUUAUAUUGUUUUGUAUGAAUCAAAAGAGGGGACAAUUAAAUUAAAAAACAGAACAAAAGGAAGAUAAGAAGAAGAAGAAGAAGAAGAAGAAGUUGUGAUCAAUGGAGGCAGCACCUUCAUCUUCAUCAACAUCAACAUCAACAUCAACAGGAGGGUCGGUCACAUUCUAUGACUUUCUUGAUCGAAUGCGAAACCCAGCUUCCCUCGAUCUUGUCCGAUCCAUCAAAAGCUUCAUUGUAUCGUUUUCAUUCUACACGCCCAACCCUGACAAUGAUGGGAAAAAGGUGCAAGACUUUUACUUGUCAAUGGAAGCAGCCAUUAGGGAACACCCAUUGUGGGCAGCUGCUACUUUUGAAGAACUUGACUCUGCAAUGGAGGGUUUAGAGAAGUAUGUCAUGACAAAGUUGUUUUCACGGACAUUCGCUUCUGUUCCAGAGGAUGCAAAGAUUGAUCGUGAAGUCUCAGAGAAAAUAUGUUUGUUGCAGAACUUCUUGAAGCCCGAGCAUUUAGAUAUACCAGCAGUUCUUCAUAAUGAAGCUUCAUGGCUGCUUGCAGAGAAAGAAUUGCAGAAAAUCAACACUUUCAAAGCCCCUCGUGAGAAGCUUUUGUGCAUUAUGAAUUGUUGUAGGGUCAUCAACAAUUUGUUGCUCAAUGCAUCCAUGUCAGAAAAUCAUGCCCUAGCAGGGCUAGAUGACUUUCUUCCUGUUCUUAUAUAUGUUACGAUCAAGGCCAAUCCUCCACAAUUGCAUUCUAACCUCAAAUUCAUCCAAUUGUAUCGGAGGCAGGCCAAACUUGUCUCAGAAGCAGCUUAUUAUUUCACAAAUCUUGUCUCAGCCAAGACAUUUAUUGUUGAUUUAAAUGGUAAAUCUCUUUCCAUGGAUGAAAUCAAGUUUGAGGAGAGCAUGCAAGCAGCAAGAUUGACACAGACCAAUAGAGCGACACAAAUAGAAGCCUCACCCACAUUGCAAGGUCAAACAGAUCCUACUUUAACAAGAAUGCAUGAUAAAGAAAAAGAUACUAGUGGUGGAUCAAGUUAUCCUUACAUGGAUGCAGAGGCCGGUGAACUGACAGUCGGGGAUGUGGAGAGAUUGCUGAGUCUGUACAAGGAUGUAGUUACAAAAUAUACAAGUCUAUACAAAGUUGUUAGACACCUUUCCAUGUCCAAAACAGAAAUUCCUCAUUCAGAAGGAACCAGUUUUUUGUUAACACAGCCAGAGGGAACAAAUACAAAAAUUGAUCAUCAAAGAGGGAACUAACAACGUGUAAGGGAGAACUAUUACACAGAUAUGUGAAUCAUGUAGAGGAUUGAAAAGAGGCAGAACUUAGAAUCAAAUAGAAAUCUGAUGGCACAGAGUUAUGGUGCUGAAAAGAAAAUAUGCAACAAGGUCCAGAAUAUUGAGCACACUAUACGAAAUUGGAAGCACCUUGUUAAAAAAAAAAAAGAAGUCCUUUUAUCUUAGGUCUAGAGCAGAGUGUCAGCAUAUGAGUUUAAUUUGAGUUCCAUAUGAUGUAACAAUAACUAAGAGUAGUGCCAAUU